UUUUAAUCCAUAUUGAUUAUAAAAAAAAAUGGCUUCAAGCACAAACGAGAUGAAUCCUUUUGCUACUAAAGAAGUACCCAAAGGAAAUAUUAUUGAAGCAGUACGCUCGUCCUGUCAUGCCUUUGUUGAAAAAAGUCCUAUCAAAAUUUCACAAAAAGGUAUUGAAGACUUUUUAACAAAAUUGGACAAGUUGGAAUAUGAAGAAUUGGCUUAUGAUUCAACUAUUAAAAUGCCACUUAGAUUUGAGACAGUAGAAGAUGAAUUAAACUUUAUUACUUUAAUUGAUUUGUUAAACUUUGGUAGUGGAUAUCGAGUUCCUCUUCAUGAAUUAACUGGUAGAGGUGCUUUUGAUACUAUUCGAUUCGGUGCCAUGUAUUUUCAUAUUGGUGGAAAGCCUAUGACAGCCGAGACAUUUAAAAAUACUACCAUCUUUGAUGUAGCCGAAAUGUUUCAAAUCCCUAUUGAUCGCGAAGUUCGACAUGAAAAAUUAGAUUUUGUGACAAUGACAGAACCUACUCCUUUAAAACCUUUUGCAGCUGGAUUAACAACAGUUCUAAAUACAACAGGCGAAUAUUUAUUAGCUAAUAAUUAUAAGGAUUUAGCUCAUUUCAUCUUGACUCACGUCAAAGAAAACCCUCAAAAUGCUGUAAGUCUUGUUGAACAUUUUGUUAGAGCCUUUCCCGGUCUUGCCGAUUGUUAUCAAUUUUCAGAAGAAUCCGAUGAUUUGGUUUAUAUUUAUAAGAAAGCACAAAUCAUUGUUUACCAUCUUUGGUUUACAUUUAAAGAACAGUUACCAGAAUUAUUUGACUUCAAGGACAUUGACACACUUACUAUUUUCUCUGAUAAUGUAAUCCCUACUAUGUUAGCUCAUUUAGGAAUUAUUGAGAUGCCUGAAACAUGGCAACAAGACAUUGUGAAUCAUCUCGAGUUAGACGUUCAAACAGCAACUACUUUACGUGCUGCUGCUAUUGUUGCUUGUGAUGAGAUUGUGAGAAUGGCUCGUUCAGGGGUUGGAUCUACUCAUAACAUGACAACAGGUGGUUUGGAUGUAUAUUUAUGGAGAUUGGGUAAAGUUGGAGACUACAGAAAAGUACCACGUUUGCAAUUAAGAGAUACAGUCAUGUUUUAAAAUAAUAAAUGUACAGAAAAAAAAAUAAAAUAAAAAUAAACUAAAACAAAGUUUUAUUAUUGUCUGGUUUCCCAUUCAGCCUGUUUUGUUGC